CAGUGGUCAGCCUGAUGCUCCUCGAUCUGACAAGACGUGGUUUCCAACACUUCACUCCCUGAAACGCUCGUCCUAGCGCUCGAGCCACAAUGUUUCUUCUUGUGGCCUUUACACUGCUUGUCCGAGGCGUGUUUUGUUCUUCCCGGGACGACCAAGUGACAUGGUAUUCGGCCCCCAACUACCGUGGCACGUGGGACCUCAUCAUCUCAUGCAUCCUCACACUCACAAUAUGUGUCUGGUCAGCUCUGCAUCUCAACGUACCCCCCGAAGACUCCAGGCUGAGGGACAGGAACUUGAUGCGAUUGAGAUGGAUUGUGGUUGGCAUAUUCGCGCCUGAGCUUGUAGUCAGCACUGCGUUUGCACAGUACCUGACCGCUUCGUGGUUGCAGGAGGAAAUUCGCAAAGAUGCAAAAUACCAGAAUGAGAAUUCCGCAUGUAACGGAAUAUCAGGGCAACCCUCGCAAGAGUGGAGCAUAACGCAAUGCUACUUCGCUGUCAUGGGAGGCGUGGUCGUACAAGCUGGCGACUGUAUAGAGGACAGCCCUCAACUAAGCGUAACCGCAGAAGGUGUUCGACUGCUCUCCUUUCUAGGUCGGUUACCGCAUAUUCGAGAGAGCCAGAUUCGUGACAAGAGCAAGGCAGAUGGCCUCGCGAAGUUUCUAGUCGUAUUGCAAGCAGGGUGGAUGAUUAUUCAGACCAUCAGCCGAGUGCAACAAGACUUGCCAGUCACGCUCCUAGAGAUUAACACUUGUGGUCACAUCAUCUGCGCCUUUGCACUCUAUCUUCUAUGGUGGAGGAAACCACUCGAUGUCAAGGAUGCAUUUCUGAUUUUACGAGAAGAUUGGGUCGAUCCAUUCGUUGCUCUAAUGUGGAUGUGCAGUCCCAUCAGUGGCGAUCAAAGCGACGAAAUCUCAGAGAUGCGCUGCAUGAGCUACAGAACUCCUACUCAGCGAGGUACCCAAGACAGUUCUAUCGUCACUGCGGCUGAACAACCCAAAGCUGCAACCGAAGGUAGCACCUCUGUCAAACCGCACCGUACUCACUUUUCGGUUGGGUCAGUCGGGGCAAAGAAUCCUCGCAAAUUCAUCGGCCCUCUCGGGGAAUACAUGAUCGGCUCUGAAGGUCCAUCUUCCUCCACUCCGUUCGAUCACGAUGUGAGUUACAUAUUGCCAGACAGAACUAUCAACAUCUCGACGGAACACCAGAUAUUCUUCGAAAUCCAGAAGGAUUGUCACGGCCUACAGCACAGUCUUCAAUAUUGCCGACGAGCGUUCAGCGACUGCAAAAGUCAUGAACCACUAAGUGAAUAUGUAAUAGCGCGAUGGAGUCUCGCGAACGAUCUUAUCGACCAGCUUUGGAACGAAUGCGAGAGACGUCCAAGCUACAUGGAUUUCUUCUUCACAACGUCGACGCUGGGCAUCUUCGUAGGAGAACCGAUAUAUAUUGCACACCACAUCACGAACUUUCCCGGACUUUCAUAUCUUGGGAGCGUGAACGUUCAUCGCGAUCGAUUGAAAACAGUGGCGGCCUUUGCUGGCGCCGCAUACGGUGGCCUACACCUAGCAGCUUGGAACGACUUCUUCCCAACUACCGUCGAAAGAUAUCUUUGGAUAUCAUGCUCGUGUGCGACCGGAAUCACGGGUCUCGUGCUCGCUCUAUUCUUCCUUGCUACAAAUAAGAUCGGGAAGCUAGAGGCAGCAGAGAGCCGCAUACGGAACAGCAAAAAGCUCAGGUUUUUCGGGAAGUGGGUGUUGAUUCCACUUUUCAUGACUGCUCGCAUUCUUAUCGUCGUUGAAGCCUUUGUUUGCUUGAGGAGACAGCCGGCCGCCGUCUAUAAAACAACAGAGUGGAGUAACUAUUUCCCUCAUCUCUAGUUCAUGGGGUUGUCUGGGCUCUGCGUUUUUAUCGCUCCUAUGGCUGUAGUACUCGACCUUGGGAUGCUUCAAAAAAACUGUUUGCCAUCCGCAAGUCUUCGAUCUAGCAUCGACAAUACUAAUUAUGCCAUGAAGGGCAACCGCAGGAUUUCUCUCAGACUCACAGCAGAUAGACUCAGCACUCCACUCAAUCUCGAAUCA